AUGGCUCCGCCGGUCGCCGCGCAGGCCGCGGGUGCCUUCCAGCGCAGGUGCAUGCCUCCCCUCACGCCCUCUUCCCCUCCGCAUCCAGCGCUCUCCUCGUUCUCUCCGCUUUUUACGCCGCGCCUCGACCACCUGCUUGCUUCCUCCGCUUCUCCCCCCGCCACUGCUCCCCUCUCCUCCUCUCCCCCCUCCACUUCCCCAUCCGCCCCCGCUCCCGCGCCCGUUAACCUCCCCCUGCUCUCCGCAUCUCCGCCCCCGCCCUCCUCCCCCGCGCCCUCCACUCUCCCCACUGCGCCGCUCCCCUUAGGCCCAGGGCACUUUGAGUAUCUGCCGCUGAAGGCUCCUUUCCGCAUGGCCAUGGGGGUGCAACCCAUGGCGAUGGAUGACUGGAUACAGAUCGACCCCUUCUACCGGCAGGAGAUGGCUUUAAGAAAAGGCAUUCUAGCGAAUCACCGGAGCACAUCCCCUCCUUCCACUUCCCCAGCCUCUCCCAUGGCAUGGCCCAGCCUCUCCCUCGCACAACAGCACCUGCACAACCAUGCUUCUCUUUCUCACACCAUCAUCUGCACAACCAUGGCACGGGCGAUUCAUUUGACCUUCUCCGGAGCUGUUCUCUUUCCAAACGGCUGGAUUCUGCCCGAAAAACUCGGGCUGCCCACCGCUCACAUUCACACACCCGUGCCUCUAUACGAGUCGACAAUUUCUAGGGCAGUUGACAAAUUUCUGAACAACCUGGAGCCGGGAAGCCCGUUUGCUCGCACCAAUUGGACGAUAACCGACGACCCGCGGCUGUUCCGGCCGAUUUCAGAGGCGUCAUAUGCCUCGAUGGUGCAGGCCAAAGCAGGGCUGUCAGAACAGAGGCUUCAAAAAGAGCAGCAGCAGCAGCAGCAGCAGCAGCAGCAAGAAGGGGAGCAAGAGGAGAAGGGUGGUGAUGCGAUAACAGUGGAGAGUGCUGGAUGGAGGCUCUUCACUCGCAGUGAGAGAGAGACGUUCGUGCGCCUGCCCAAGACCGGGGCGGUACUGUUCACCAUCCGCACGCACAUGAAGCCGCUGCGAGUGUUUUCCGGGUGGCGCCAGCUGGCUGCUGACGUGGUGCGGGCCAUGGAUGCGCUGCCAGGCGAGAUCAGGCGGUACAAGAUGAUUGGAGGGCGGCUUGCUGAUGUGGCACGAGAGUAUCUGAUUCGAUGCUCAGAGGGGCUUGCGUAG